CGUUCAAUGACGGACGGUGUAUUGAGAUUAUCCGGAACGGAACACCGGAACGCAUCGUGAUUGACAAGUUUAUGGGACGAUUGUCUUGCAUCGUAGGCCGGGCCACCACAUGCUGGAAGGCUUACCCAGAAGGGGACCCGUCCACGAUGCUUGUAAUCAAAGAUUCGUGGCAAUUCCCCGAACGGGACGUGGAGGGAGAGUUGUUGCGCGAGGCAACCGAGAAGGGUGUUUGUAACGUCGCCCGGUACUACUACCACGAGACCAUCCGCGUUGAUGGUAGUGUCGAUGACAUCCAACUUGGCAUCCGAAAAGGAUUGGACAUUACCAAAGCCUCCAACUACAAGGCGCAGAAUUUGAAUACGCCUCGCACGUCCCAGAUUUCCCAGGGCAGCAAGAGGUCAUCUAGCCAAAUUGGCGCGCCUCUGCCAUCAAGCAAGCGAUCCCGCUCGGAAUCUCCGGUGAAAAGAGACCCAGUCCACCCCAGUCCACCGCUGAAUCGCAUCCAUCGACGUGUUAUUGUUCGUGACUACGGGCAAAACAUUUACAAAGCUAGCUCGUGUGUGGCCCUCCUUGCUGCAUUUGAGAGCUGCAUACAAGGACACAAGUCAUUGCUCGAGGCCGGCAUCCUCCACAGAGACAUAUCAAUCAACAAUAUCAUGAUCAAUGAGGAUGGUAGCAACCCUUCAGGAUUCUUGAUCGAUCUCGACCUUGCCAUCAAAGUACAGCGAGAGGGUGCUUCGGGCGCGAAGGGAAAGACCGGUACGAGGGCUUUUAUGGCAAUUGGGGUGCUUCUGGGCGAGCAGCAUUCCUUCAUGCACGACCUCGAGUCCUUCUUCUGGGUGUUGUUUUGGAUAUGUAUCCAUUACAAUGGGCCAAACGAGGACAUUGGUCGAACUGAGUUUGAAAGUUGGAACUACGAAAGCGAUGGGAAUUUGGCAGGUCUGAAGAAAGGAAUGGUAUCUGACGAAGGAGAUUUUAUCAAGACGACAGAGGAGUGCUUUACUCCGUAUUACCAACCAUUAGUCCCGUGGGUUAAUAGAUUGAGGAGGGUCGUGUUUCCAAAUGGUAACAGGUGGCAAAAGGAAGAUGAGACAUUAUAUCCACGCAUGCAGACUGUCCUGCUCGAGGCUCAAGCAGAUCCAGAUGUACAAAAUGCGAAUAAGAGCUAAAUAUAUAAUUUCAUAGACAUAAGUGUCUAGAUCACAGGUGGUCGUUACGGCUUAUGCGAUAGGGAAUGAAAUGGGCAUGGACAGCUAAUGCUCGUCAAAUAUCCUACCUACCCAAGCAGCUAUAUCUAAAUCAAGCUAAUAAAACAAAACGUUUUUUUUUAUUUUUAUGUCAAGGCAUCAAAGAGCGCCUAGAUAACCUCACACGUGACCCUAGACAUUCAGCGGCUUCGUACAAUGAUUUUGACAAGCCGAGCAGGAUAAGUCAGCCAUGGCAAUUGAACGCGACAGAUUCUAGUCCUUGUAUGCUCUACACGGAUACAAAAUUAUCCCAGGGUAUUUCGUUAUCCUUCCACGACAGCAUCUCUUCAUGGUUAGCCCUCCUCGACAGCCGAACCGACUCGGCAAGGUUCCGGUCGUCGUACAGCAUAACCGUCACAGACUUCAUAUCCUGUCCUCGCCGGUUGACCCGCGCGGCCGCCUGCUUCUCCAUAUCCAUCGUUCUGGCCGGCUCCAUCAUGACGCAGUAGUUGGCUCGCUGGAGGUUUAA